AUGUGUUCCACGUGCUUUUGUCCUACAUGUCCGGCGAUUCUUCCUUGUGGAACCGGACCGUGUAGGUAUUCUUGUCCCUGUCCGCCGCCGUGUUGCCAACCAUGUUGUCCCCCGCCGACGCCGUGUACACCGUGUCCACCAUGCAACUGCAGGGCAUACUUCAGACCGUGCCCCGCCCCUGUCAUACCGGACAUCGUGCCACCUAUAGUGCCCGUAUUACCUCCAUGCAGACCCAGAAGACAGCCACCCUGUGAACCUUGCCCGUAUCCUCCACCGAAACCCGUGUGUUGUCCCCCCGUCCUACCAUGUUGUCCACCGCCAGAACCAUGUGAAUGUCCCCCGAUACGACCUUGCCCUGAACCGACUCCUUGCUACCAGCCAGUUCUCCCGUGUUGUAAUCCGCAAUGUCCUCCACCUAUAAUACCUAAACAACGUCCAAUUUGUCCAAGGGCUCCUCCUCCUCAAUACCCUUGCAUUCCUGUUUGUCGUAGCUGCUGUCCUGAUUGUGAAUUAGAUCCUGUCACUCGGAGAAGGCCGUUAAUAGUUCAUGACAGCGUUUUUGCUAAUAGGCCAUCAGGUUUACCUGCUGAAUGUUACACAAGGCGAAACCCCAACGUUAGAUAUUCUGUCACUAAUUACGUUAGACAGGGUCCUCAAUCGGGAUGUUGUUACCACGUGAAUGUACCACUUCGGUAG